UCCUUGCGUCGUCGUUGCUGAAAUAAGUGGAUCAAGUGAUUAUUGGUGCUCGGUGAAGCGAAACGGGGCCGCCAGGGGCUUAAUUGAUACCCUACAGUGUGGAGGAUCUCGAAUGAACUUUUAAGAGGAGUAACCGCACGAAGCUACAAGACUGUGCUGUGACCCAUGACGUCACCGAAGAGCUCCACGACACCGGGCCUGGCGGUCACGAACCGCAUCCUGCGCUCGCCGUCGCACGAGAGCUUCUCGACCGACCUGUCGCUGAUAUCGAUUUCCGUCUCGUCGAUGAACUCCGAGGCCACAAGCGUGCUGAACCGGACCAUGGAGGAAAAGCUCGGCAACCUGCUGAACCCGAAGGAGAGCAAGCGUAAUCGUUCUUCGACGCUCACGGAACGGUGGAACGAAAGCAACGACCUUAUCCGCAACUGUGCCACGCUGUCGGCGGCCCUCGGUAUCCACAAAAGCUUCAGCACGACCGAUAUCUACCAGCUGCCCUCGGAUCAGCACCAGCUGGGCCGCCUAUCGUCGUCCGAGCUCGCCCUGACGCCGUUCCAAAAGGUAGGAUACCUCUUCGACCACUCGCGACUGGAGCACGCCUCGCGCUCCUACUCCACCUGGGUAGCGGUCGGGGAGCUCGCUUCCACGUCGCAGCUGCCGUCCCCGCACGGUGGCCACACGUCGCAGGUACCGACUCUGACGAGCACAAACCCGGCACCCAGCUUCACAGUCUCAGAUCUGAUCGGAUCGGUCAAUAAGAAGAUCCGCCAGAACUACAUCCGGCGCCGGCUGUUCACCACGUACCGGGCACUCGAGCGGUUAUCGCAGAGCGAGUUCAAUCUCGAUCGGCUGGAAGCGGCCGCAUUUGCCGCCACCAAUCCGGGACCCACGGAACUGAUCGUGCCAUCGCACACCACCAUGUCGAACGCGUCGGCUUCACCGGUUGCCGGAAAGUCCACCAGUUCGCCUGCGCCGGGGGCUGGCGACAGUGGUGCCGGUGGUCCAUCGUCUGAACCGGGUACCGGCUUGUCGGCCUCCGUAUUGCGAAAGUCUAGCAGUGCGGUCGGCAGCAGUGGCAGCUCCCGGAGCCACCAUGGCCCCAAGAAGCACCUUACCUUCCACGACAUCGAGAACGAACGAGGCAAACCGCUGUCCAAGUACGAGCGCCACAUGCUAAUCUUCAACUGGCUGCACACCAUCGACGACACGGCGGUGGAGAUCGAGAACUGA